CCCAUACUAUGGCCGUGACAUAAUCAAGUGACUCACAAGUGAGUGAAGGUAAAGCGGGGCUCGGUGACUUUGCAUGUUCCUGGGAUCGUCAUGCGUCUGAGCCAACAGUACGAGGCUUCACGCAAGACCGCGCGUGAAGGUAAGCAGCGGGUGCCAUGCAGGCGUCCAUCCAGCUGUGUGUCUUGCAAUGUUGUCUUGUUGUUGCAGCGUAUGCCCGUCAGUUCCACGCUAGCGGCAUCUUCUCGGCCAAGGAGGCGGCUCCGCCCGCCUCGGGCCGGAAGUCCAUGCCGCAAGGUGUGCCCCGAGAGAAGAAGACAGCCCAGCCACUGCUGCACGAAUGCAUGUAUGGUAACAUUGGUGUGCAGGUCGGCGGCGGGACCAGACGAGCCACGAGAUGUUCGGCAGUGUGGAGCCGACGGACAUGCCUCGGGCGUCGCUCCAGAGACAGCUGUCGACCUUCGUCCCGAGAGAGGACUUCCGCACCGCUCGGGAGCGCUGCAUUGAAUUCAACUCCUCCUCGCCCAACAUCAUCAGGUGCAUCUCGCGUGGAUUUCACCUGCAUGACAUUCAUUGUCGGGUGCUGUAUGUAUGUGGUCUGUCUGUCAGCUCCGACUAUCCCACUGGGAAGAGCCCCAUGCCCACGGGCGGCAAGCUCACCCACCUGCUGCCCCUCUCCGCCGAGACGGCCGAGGACGUGUUCGCCGAGAACUUCGGACAGCGGGCCGCUGUAGACCCCCUGGCGUCGUACCGUGCCAAGCAGUACAUGGGGGAGCAGCUGUCGUCCGCCUCGUCCAACUGGAUGACCCAUCGCAAUGCCACCAGCAAUGAGGGGCCGCAGUACUCGCCCAGGGACAAGGCGAGGCUGCAGAAUGACAGCGAACUGUUCGGCCUCUCCCCGUCCCCUGUGCCGCAGAAAGACACGGUGGGUGGGUGGCAUGAACGUGAAGAGCGAGCAGAGAUCUCAUUGAUUGAUUGCCCUCUGUGUGUGUGUUCAGAAGGCCGAAGCUGCUGAGAAGGAGGCCACGCAGCGCCGCCGCUCAAACCCAUACUUCAGCGACCUCUUCGGUGUCGCCUCGCCUCCCUCACUCAAGGAAACUGUAGGAAUGGCACUGACUCAUAGAGGGAGGAAGAGACAGACAUGCAUGAGCUUCGGGGGUUGCUGGUGUGCGUGCGUGUAUCUCUUGCAGGGCAUGUUUGGUGACCAAGCAAUGGUGGACACAAUGAAGGCCGACAAGCAGGUGACCAUCUACAACGACUGGAUGGACUCGCGGACCGAAAUUGCUAGGUAGGGUGGGCAAAGGAAUACACCAAGAAUCAAUCCCGCCCACGUGGCUCGCUCGUCUUUGGUGCUUUCUUUUCUCAGGCGGCUUGGCACACCUCAGCCCGAGACCGCUGGCACGGCGAGACAGAGGAAGAUGGACGAGACAUAUGGCCACCGGGUGCCUCUCUUUUCGGAGUCCAUGCCCCCACCUAAGGACGCAACAGUCAGUGACGGCAGCCCAGCCACACACGCAUUCUUGCUGAUGUCGUUCGUUUGUGGGUUUCAAUGAAUAUAUUUGUCCAGGUGUCUAAGGUGACGGGAGAGACCAGGGCUAUGCCGAGGAUCGACCUCAACGCAACCGCAAAGGAGAAACAUCAAACAUUCCUUCAGGUGGGUGCGACACGCACUGGUGGAGAGCGGUCGAAAUGGAUGUGCUGAAUGCAUUUGCCCAUCCAUCCAUCCAUCCAUCAGUCGACGAUGUUGGGCAAGGAGUUCUACGACACGGCGUCGAAGGUUGGGACGUUCGAGGUGGUCAAUCUGAACCUGAUGGGGCUCAAACCUGACACGACAGAGGAAGACAUCAAACAACUCACCAGGAGGUCAGUCAGUCAUUGAGGCAAAGUCUCUCUCUACCUGUCACGUCACGUGUCCACGUGUGCGAUUCCCUCGUUGUGUGUGAUCAUAUGAUGUGUGGGUGCAGCUGUGGCGUGCACACCGUCAAGAUAAUCACGGUACGUCCCUGCUGUGUCAGUCAGUUAUGUGUCUUUGUGCGUCAAUGACAUUGUUCGUGUCUCUUUUCGUGCAGGACACUGACCCGGUCAACGGCCGAUCCAAAGGCCGUGCGCGCGUCGUCAUUCGGUGCCCACUCAGCACACAAAAGGGGCUCGGCCAUGUCCAGUGUGUGUGUCUUGUGUUGGUGCGAUGCGAUGCGAUGCGAGUGUGUGUGCAGAGAGGUGGCUGGCGACACAGGGUUGGAUAAGCUGACGAAUGCGCUGCAGUCAAUGGGCAUCGCCGUCAGAGAAGUAGCGGAUGUCUGAUGACGACGACACGACACGAUAGGCACACCACACCCUGCGUGCUGUGCCUGACUGCUUAUGACUGACACACGGACGGACGGAUGUACGGAUGGAUGGAUGGAUCCAUGCGAUGAAUGCGGAACUAACUAAGUGGAAGGGUCAUCGAUUCAUUCACUCAAUGAAUGCCGCAAGUAACAAAGAAGCGAAGGUUAGGUUAUGCUAUGUACUGUCAG